UGAAAAAUGAUCAUUGAAAACCUCGAUGCCUUGAAGACGUGGCUCUCGAAGACUCUUGAACCCAUAUGUGAUGCUGACCCUUCUGCUCUUGCGAAAUAUGUGGUUGCCUUGGUGAAGAAAGAUAAAUCCGAGAAGGAGUUGAAAGCACUAUGCAUUGACCAGUUGGAUGUAUUCCUUCAGAAAGAAACGCAAACAUUUGUGGACAAACUUUUUGAAGCUGUGAACGCAAAGAGUUACCUACCUCAACCAGAGCAGCCGACUUCCGCAAGCAGAACUGAAACUCACCAGCGCACAGAGAAAGAUGAAACAAAGAGAGAGGAGCCCAGCCGAGAUGAGGAUCGAGAAAAGAAAUUCUCCAGGAGAAUAAACCACAGUCCUCCGUCUAGCUCCAGAUACAGCCGAGACAGCAGGAGAGUAGAUGACCGUAAGAAAGAUGACCGCUCCAGGAAGCGAGAGUAUGACCGUAACCCUCCCAGAAGGGACUCGUACAGGGAACGUUAUAAUCGCAGGAGAGAACGCAGCCGCACUUACAGUCGCAGUCGUAGCCGCAGCUGGAGUAAGGACCGCACUCGGGACCGGGACCGAGACAGAGAUCGGGACCGAGAGCGGGACCGCAGCCGAUCACGAUCUCGCACACGGAAGCGAGAUUCUGGAAAGCCAAAAUACGAGCACAGUCGUCCAGAACGUCAGGAGGGGGGCGCGACCACUGAUGGCUACACCGCUACGCCUCUCACAGCCGGGAACUCCUCUGCUCAUUUCCCUGUGCCCACCCUUAGUAGCACCAUCACUGUCAUCGCCCCCACCCACCAUGGGAACAACACCACUGAGAGCUGGUCAGAAUUCCCUCAGGACCACACGCCCUUCGGCAGAGGCGGCCCACCAAGAAAACGCUGUCGUGAUUAUGACGAGAAAGGCUUCUGUAUGCGAGGAGACAUGUGCCCUUUUGAUCAUGGAAGUGAUCCAGUGGUGGUGGAGGAUGUUAAUCUUCCCAGCAUACUUCCUUUCCAGCCACCGCCUCUUCCUGGCGUUGACGGCCCACCUCCUCCAGGUCUGCCGCCCCCUCACUCACUCUUGACUCCACCAGUGAACCUCAGACCACCUGUGCCCCCACCGGGCACCAUGCCACCCAGCCUACCACCUGUAGCAGGUCCUCCUCCUCCGCUUCCUGCUCUGCAGCCCUCUGGUAUGGACGCUCCACCUAACUCCAUCACCAGCUCUGUGCCCACUAUAGUGACGUCAGGUGUCCGGCCUCCGAUCACCCAGCCUCCACCACCUCUCUUCACUUCAGAUUCGUUUGAGCCAGAGGUGUAUAAUCCUGAAGCCCCCAGCAUGACCUCACGGCCCAUGUACAGACACAGAGUCAACGCUCAGCGGCCCAAUCUGAUUGGUCUGACCAUGGGAGAAAUGGAUCUGCCCCCUAGAGAGAAAAUGUCAAACAACAACAGCGCUCGGAUAGUUUUAGAAUCAGACUCCAGGAAGAGAGGAGCAGGACUGCAUGAUGGAGCGAUUCCUGCAAAGAAACCCUGGUUUGACAAACCAAACUUCAACAAACCCAACCACCACGGCUUUCACAGGAAAAUGCCCUACUCUUCAGCAAACACCAAACUGGCCAUCCGUCAGAUUCCUCCUGAACUCAACAACAUCAGCAAACUAAACGAGCACUUCAGCAAGUUUGGCACCAUCGUCAAUCUACAGGUGGCAUAUAAUAAUGACCCAGAGGGGGCGCUGAUCCAGUUUGCCUCACCUGAAGAAGCCAAACGGGCCAUGCAGAGCACAGAGGCAGUGCUCAACAACCGCUUCAUCAGAGUACACUGGCACAGAGAGGACGCGGUGGAGCACACACACACCACUCCACAUCCGAGCCUGCAGAGAGCCCAGGAGCCUGUGGUGACCACACUGAAACAGUCAGUGAAAGACCGGCUCGGACCACUGCCCACAGCCCACCCUGAACCCUCACACGACCCCAGCGGCCCUCGACAGAAUACAGUCAAGGCUUCAGUGAAGGAGCGUUUGGGCCUCUCUAAACCAACUGGCCUUGGGGGAAAGGUCUUUUCCACAUCUACUGGCCUGACUAAGACUGUUUAUAACCCAGCUGCACUGAAAGCUGGCCAGAAGGGAGCGCCAUUUGGGAGCACCACUGUCAGCGCAGAAGAUGCCCUGAAAAGGAAACAGGAGACGCUGAAGCUUCAACAUGACGUUCGGAAAAAGAAACAGGAGAUUUUGGAGAAGCACAUUCAGACUCAGAAGCUGCUGAUAUCUAAGCUGGAAAAGAACAAGUCCAUGAAGGCGGAGGAUAAAGCUCUGAUCAUGCAGACCCUCACCACCCUCACCAACAGCAUCACCAAACUACAGGAGGAGAUGAAAGGACUGUCCAGUGCUAAUGCCCUCAAGACCACACUCAAGAGUAAAGCUCAGGCUCAAAAGGAGCUCCUGGACACGGAGUUGGACCUUUAUAAGAAAAUGCAGGCAGGAGAGGACACUGCUGAACUCAAGAUCAAAUACACUCAGCUGCAGUUGGAGGCUGCCAAAAGGGGGCUUCUGACCCCAGGACGUGGGAGGGGGGCCCACGGCAGGGGUCGGGGGGCCCUGAGGAGCCGAGGCCGAGGGGUUCGAGGACGCGGGAGAGGAGUCCCAACUCACGCUGUGGUGGAUCAUCGACCCCGAGCUUUAGAGAUCAGCGGUUUCGCUGAGGCUGAUCGAGUAGACCUGCUGCCACACUUCGCUCAAUACGGGGAGAUUGAGGAUUGCCAGAUGGAGGAUUCUAGUCUUGGUGCCAUCAUUACAUACAAAACUCGUGCAGAGGCAGAACAGGCGGCCAUCCACGGCGUUCGGUUAAAUAAUCAGGAGCUGCGUUUGGCCUGGCACAAGCCCGCGGCUUCCCUCAACACAACAGACCCGGAUGAGGUUGAACCUGAGGAUGAGGAGUUUCCAGAGGAUUCGCUCGUGGACGAUUCCCUGCUGCAGGACGAUGAUGAAGAGGAAGACGAUAACGAGUCGCGCUCAUGGCGCAGAUGAAGAUGAAGUCGUGUGUCCAGACCUGCUGCACUGCACCACUGGAGCGCAUCGGAUCUUGAGUUCUGUGUUUUUGAAAGGGUUGUUUUUAAAAAUCUGAUUUACAUUUCAUUGGCUUUUUUUAUUUUACUUAUCAAACUUGAGCAGCAAAUAGAAAAUGUUUCUCAAAAGGCUGUGAAUUUCAAUUACUGAGAUGUAAGAUAACACGAAUGAUUUGAUUUCUCGCCGUCAUCGUUUUGUUUCGUAUCGUGUCAAAACAUUGACUAACUUUUGGCGGCUGCAUUGUUUUUUUUUCUUUUUAUUUUAGUUUUUUUUUAAAUGGUCAGUAUGUUGACCCAAAUUUCUUUUCAACAGUUCUGAAAAUGUUACAGUUUGAGACAAAUAUGGGAAAUGUUUCGAUUUCAAAGACAACAGUAGAGCAUUUUUGAAGCGUUGUUAUAAAACAUGUUGUAUGCUUUCCUUAGUAUAAUCAGCCUGAUGAGGAUGUAGCUUUUUGUGUACAUAUUUUAUGUAUCAAUUUUAAUUGUUUGUAUGAAUUUGCUUCUGGAUUCAUCUCCUGGGUUUAAUUUUGAAAUGUAAAAAAAUAAAGAAUUGAAAUGGUCUAGAAAAAAUAUCAGCUGGAAAAAAAAAAAAAGAAAAAGAAAAAAAAGAGAAAAAAAAUAUUGAGAGCUCUGCUGCAAAAGCAGCAUUGAGAAAAAAAAUCUGAACAGCUGAAUAAAGACCAUUUCAACCCCCACCCCCCAAUCCUCACAAAAAGAGCAAAUUUCCUAAAUUCAUCAUGCAGCCACAGUACCAGCCAAGUAAGUAUGGAGCACAAACAGCAUCAAAUGAGGUAAGCAAAGUGUUUUAUAUAUUGUUUUACAUCUGUCUUUCUUUUCAGGUGACUAACUGUAACUUGUGCAUUUCUGUCCAUUAGGUCAUCUGUUUAUGGAUGAAGGUUGAACUACAUCGGAUCACCCCGUUACAAAUCGGACACUAAAACCUGUUUUUACAAUAUUUGUUGACCCUUGACGCCAUCGCACCAUCCUGACGACUUGUAUCUGGCCCACCAUACAACCUCUAAGCAUCACAUUUGCAUAGUGGAGAACGAAUGACCCAAUCAGAGCUGUAGCAGUCGGUUAUGUGGCUCUCCCACCUUGGUGCCUGUCGUGGAAGCUCAGCUAAUUGUGAAGAAUUUGAUUUGCUCUUGGAGUGUGCCAUGAAGCUCAGCUUUACCCCCACCAACUAAACCUCGCCUGGCCCAGCAAGGGGGCCCUUAAGUGGACGCUCGCCCCCUCCUACACAGCCUCAUGCUGCACUUUUCUCCCAAUACCCCCUCCGUCGGUCGCCGAGACCUGAUCUCUCACCAUUGUACAGGCCUAAAGUGAGUGUGUGUCCUAUUCCUCCCCUAGUUAAAAUUUGACCUUUGACCUCUCUCCCGGUGUAAUAUAACAUUUUAAUAAGCUUUGUUGGGUCAGUUAGUCUGUCGUUACUAUGGAGAUUGUCGCGGUGUGUGAGGGAUGUAAAUCGUGGUUCUUAAAUAGGCCUAUUUAAUCUGAGGGACCCCUGCAGCCCGACUACUCCGUAAUGAAGUGAUGUAUUUGUUAAACUCAGACUCAUCGUGAGCUGCGAGUCCAUGAGGCCAAUGUGUUUCCGGCGGAAUAAACUGCGUAAUGCGUUUACCGCAGAAAACGUGGGCUAACCAGUUUAGAGCGUGUCGGAGCGCUUCAGCUAACGCGUUUACAUUGGCCCAGUCAUUUGUAAAGACUCUUUAAUCUGUAAUUUGUGUCAGUAAGAUAAAUGGGUUUAUUUCUUAACCGGUGAAGCGAAUGGUGUUUGACUCUGAAAUUUAGAAUCGAAAAUAGGGUGUGAAGUUAGCAUCAGGACUUUUAUUGUUAGUCAUUUUAUUCUGAUUUGGGUCAUUAAUGUAUGCAAAAUCAUAAUUCGUCCUGUUUAUAUUAAUUUACAUGUAAUCCACAUCCAGUUCUGAUCAAAUGGGGAUUUAUUUAUUUAUUUAUUUGUUUGUUUCAUUAAAACGAAAAAAAUCUGCGAUGGGUGACGGUGCCCAGUGUUUUUCGUAGCCUCCUGCUAGUGCUGAGAAAAAGUCUUUAAUAUUUUAUGUGAUCACAGGCCUCUAUAAGCAAAUUUCAGUCCCUGGCAAGUUCAGCCAAAACAUGAUUAAUUUAGUGUUUAUCCCUGACAUCCUUAAAAAAAAAAAAACCCUCGGCCAGACGUGCAGAGCUCAGUUUGAGACUAAAUCUCUAACUCUACAUCAUAAAACAGGCCUGGGGAGGAAUCUUUGGUUGGGCCACAUUUUCUUAUUUGGAUAUCUGAGAAAGACUGAGCUUCUUUGAACUGGGUUUUAUAACGCUGUGCAGCGGUCAAUAUAGACCGAGCAAAUCUUACUGCUUACAAGAAUUUUGAUAAUUAUUUUUGUUUGUUUAUUCUACAUUUGCUUUUAUUUUUUGUUUUGGUAAAAUGAUCCAGUAAAGUAAGAUAAAUGGUGGUCUUGUCUACCUAAUGCAGACGUGACCUCAUUUACUCAACAGAUUUGAAAGUUUUAAACUUUAGAUUACUGAAAUUAUAACCAAGAAUACAUAGUGUUCCUAUACCUUUAGAGAGUUUGUUCACCCAACAUCAUCAAUUACUCCCCCUCAUGGCCUUCCAAACCCAUCAAACUUUCGUUGAUCUGCCAAAAACAAAUGAAGAUGUUUUUAAUAAAACCUGAGAGAUUUCCAUUCCACUGAAAUUUUGACACUUCAACAAGUUCAUAAAGAGGUUCUAAAAGAAAUCCAUAUGAAUUUGGAGCAACAUGAGGGUGAGUAAUUGAUUGAGAGAAUGUUCAUCUUUGGGUGACCUGUCCCUUUAAAUGACUGAAACAGUGGAAAUGUUGUUCUGUAUGUUAAGGCAAUGGUCACAUUGUGGACUUUGAGCAUGCAAAAUGUAGGUUGUCACACUCUACUGUAGAGUUUCUGUUUAUAAUACAUUACACAGCCCUGCAUCUUGGAAAAACAUUAAGCUGAUUUGCAAAAAAGGCCUAAUGUUACCUAACUUGAUUCUGAGAAAAAGCAGUCAAAAGUUUUUGUUUUUAUGGCAAAACAAAACAUUCAAAAUUUAUAACGUUUAACAAUUUGCAAAGGAGUGGAAAUCAGGAUUUGGCAUAAAGCUUUCAAAAUCAUUCAUGUGAAAAUGAGCUGAGAAUUAAAAAAAAAAAAAAAAACAGAAGUUGUAAUCUGGCUCAGAGAAAGAUAUUAAUCUUGUGCCAGUUUUUCUGAUGAUUAUGGGAUAAUACAAGAGUUUUCACCUCGCAAAUGAUUGUCAAAAGCAAAAGUGCUACAAAAUCAUAUUUUGUGAAAAAGUGUAACAUACUCAAGCAAAACAUACACUAUUUUUGGAAUCAGCAACCCAAAAUCAAUAAGAAACAAGUACUGGAUUUCAUUCAGCAAAUAUGAUGCAGGGUAGUGUAAUAAAUCACAAAUGGUUUGCUUUCAAAAUCAAUGAUUGCAUUCAAAAUCUGAAACCAUCUGAAGCUGCCCCCAUUUCCAAGACAUUAUUCAAAGGACCAUCUAAGCUCAUGUUCUUCUAGUACUGUUUUAAUGAACUAAAAAAUGUGUCAUUUUAAUGCUGUGCAUUUCUAUUUUUAGUGUUUUAGCCGUUUAAGAUCAAUGCAACUAAAAUAAAAAUUCAAAAUUUAUUUUAAAGGGGUUAUCAGAUGCAAAAU